ACCUUCAAGUUUCAAUCUUUCUUUCGCUGAUUCGACGGGAACGAACGUGGAGCUCAGUUUAAUCUCCAUUAAUGGCGUUUCGUCCUCGUGACCAUUACCUUCCUCUUUCCGUAGAUACCAAUCCCCCACCCUCAACCCAACCUCAACUGCCCUCAUCCGACUCUCCCCCCAGUUCAACCCACCAUUGCCCCCCACCUGUCUCCCCCCCCCCCCCCCCCCUCUCUCUCUCUCUCUCUCUAGCCUCACUCUCUCAAUCUCCAGAGAAUUGCUUUUCCCUGUUUCAUAAAUCCUUCUUCUUCUUUCUUCUUCCAUAGGCAACCCGCAGGGAAGCUUUUUCAAUUCUAGCUGUUGCAGAAAUCUGCCACCUUUGGCUUCAUUGCUGCCACCCCCGGAGAAGGUCCCUUUCCCUCUGCUCUCUGCCAAGAAACGAAGCUUCUUCUCCCCUCCUCUGUUCCAUAAAUCCCCUUCCACAGUAGUAAGCCAUUGACACAGUCCAUUCCUCCACCACCCUCUUAGAUCCCCUUCUUCCUCUGUUUCCGUUCCUUCUCCUCUGAAGCCUUUUCCAAUGGCGGAUCUGCAGCCGGAUCAGACCGUCUACCUCCACGGCGACCUCGACCUUCUUAUCAUAGAAGCCUGCAACCUCCCUAACAUGGACGUCUUCUCCAGCCGCCUCCGCAGCUGUGUCACGGCUUGCGGCGCUUGCGCCCCGACCGCCGCCCAGCCGAGUGCCGCCGCAGGGGAUGCCGGGGAGCUGGACUCCGGGCACCGCCCGAAGAUCAUCACCAGCGACCCCUAUGUCACCGUCGUGGUCCCGCAGGCCACCGUGGCCCGGACCCGCGUCCUCAAGAACUCGAGGAACCCCAAGUGGAACCAGCGGUUCCAUAUCCCCUUAGCCCACCCCGUUGUCGACCUUGAGUUCCAGGUGAAGGACGAUGACGUCUUCGGUUCGGAGGUCAUUGGGACGGCGAAAAUAUCGGCAGCCGAAAUUGCAAAGGACCAGACCAUCGAGGGCUGGUACCGCCUCACCGGCUCCUACUGCAAGCCCAACACUAAAAUUAGUCUCAAGAUGACCUUCACUUCAGUGGACAAAAACCCGAUUUACCAACGCGGGAUCGCAGGGCAGCCCGAGAAACGAGGCGUUACCGACACCUACUUCCCUCUUCGGAAGGGCGGCCAUGUGACCCUGUACCAGGACGCCCACGUCCCUGACGGGCUGUUGCCCGAAAUCGAAUUGGACGGCGGGAAGGUAUUCAGGCACGAGAAGUGCUGGGAAGACAUCUGCUAUGCAAUCUCCGAGGCUCAUCAUUUGAUAUACAUUGUUGGCUGGUCUGUGUUCCAUAAGAUUCGGCUCGUCAGAGAGCCCACCCGCCCUCUCCCUCGAGGCGGGAACUUGAACCUCGGGGAGCUCCUCAAGUAUAAAUCUGAGGAAGGGGUUCGGGUCUUGCUGCUCGUCUGGGACGACAAGACAUCGCAUAACAAGUAUUUUAUCAACACGGAAGGGGUGAUGCAGACCCAUGAUGAAGAGACCCGGAAGUUCUUCAAGCAUUCGUCUGUAAACUGUGUGCUGGCCCCACGUUACGCUAGCAGUAAGAUUGGCAUUCUGAAACAACAGGUUGUUGGGACAAUGUUUACCCACCACCAAAAAUGUGUCCUUGUUGACACGCAAGCAACAGGUAAUAAUAGGAAGAUUACAGCAUUUAUUGGAGGCAUCGAUCUCUGUGACGGUCGAUACGACACGCCCGAGCACAGGCUGUUCCGAGACUUGGACACAAUAUUUAAGGACGAUUUUCAUAAUCCUACAUUUCCUCCUGGAUCAAAGGCUCCCAGACAACCUUGGCAUGACCUCCACUGCAGGAUUGAUGGAAACGCUGCCUAUGAUGUCCUCAUAAACUUUGAGCAGCGCUGGCGUAAAGCUACUCGAUGGAAGGAAUUCAGCCUUUUCUUCAAAGGAAAAACUCAAUGGCAUGAUGAUUCCUUGAUCAAGAUAGAGCGAAUUUCUUGGUUUUUAAGCCCUUUCCCCCCCGAGUCACCUGGUCGUGGAACGGUGUCUUCCUUCUCGAAGGAAAAGGAAGAACGUAUUACAAAAGUCCCCAAGGAUAAUCCCCUGCUCUAUGUGUCAAGGGAAGAAGAUCCAGAGAACUGGCAUGUUCAGGUUUUUCGGUCUAUUGACUCGGGAUCAGUGAAGGGUUUUCCAACAAAAAAUAAAUCUUUGGCUGAAUCACAGCAUCUUAUAGUUGCGAAGAAUAUCCUAAUAGAUGGAAGCAUCCAAACUGCGUAUAUUCAGGCAAUCAGAUCUGCCCAGCAUUUUAUAUAUAUUGAAAAUCAAUAUUUUCUCGGAUCAUCAUAUGGGUGGCCUUCAUACAAAAAUGCAGGUGCUGAUAAUCUUAUUCCAAUGGAAAUAGCUCUGAAAAUAGCUAGCAAAAUUAGGGCGAAUGAGAGAUUCGCAGCAUAUAUCAUUAUUCCGAUGUGGCCUGAGGGUGAUCCGAAAACUGCUACUGUCCAAGAAAUUCUUUAUUGGCAGAGUCAGACCAUGCAAAUGAUGUAUGGAGUGGUUGCAGAGGAACUUAAGAGGUCGGAACAUCAGGAUCUUCAUCCUCAAGAUUUCUUGAACUUCUAUUGCCUUGGUAAAAGGGAGGAAAUUCCCAAUGACUCGUCAAACGAUGCCAAUGGCGCUGCGGUGACAGAAGCAUAUAAAUCUCGGCGGUUCAUGAUUUACGUACAUGCCAAGGGAAUGAUAGUCGAUGACGAGUAUGUUAUAUUGGGAUCAGCAAACAUUAACCAGAGGUCCUUGGCGGGUACUAAAGAUACAGAGAUCGCAAUGGGAGCAUAUCAGCCGCACCAUUCUUGGGCCAAGAAGAGGAGGCAUCCCCGUGGUCAGGUAUAUGGGUACAGAAUGUCAUUGUGGGCCGAGCAUCUCGGGCACAUUGAGGACUGCUUUGAGGAGCCCAAGAGCCUCGAGUGUGUGAGGAAGGUGAAUGAGAUGGCAGACAGCAACUGGAGGGACUUUGCAGCUGAGAAUUUCACCCCGCUCCAGGGCCACCUUCUCAAGUAUCCCAUGAAGGUUGAACAGGAUGGUACGGUCGGACCUUUACGUGAAAAUGAGUGCUUCCCCGAUACCGGCGGUAAAGUUCUAGGUACCCAUUCCACUGCACUUCCCGAUGUCCUCACCACGUAGGAGGAUAUAGCAGGAUUUCACCAAAAUACUUCUUCACAGCGUACUCAGGAGACGUGUUUCCACUUUUUAGGAUUUGUAUUUGUUCCGUUUUGUUGUAACAGUGAUAUCAUCCCAUCCUCGUGCCAUGAGAGUAGACUCCGAUCUGGGGUGAGGGUUUGUGCAUAAAAAAUGUUGUACAGUGAUUGAAAAUAGGUUUCGACCUUUUGGCUCGUGUGUGUAGUUAUUUAACUCCAUCGUAGCUUGUUAAGCUGUCCAUUGUGAUUUUAUUGAAUGUCGCCGAACAUAGCUGUUUUGUAUCUGCAAAUCAUAUACGAGUUUACUAAGUAUGGGGCAAGAAAGCCGUGAAUUUGAUGAA